AUGUUGUGCCUACGGGGCUAUUACUGCCUACGGGGCCUAUUACUGCCUACGGGGCUAUUAUCUGCCUACGGGGCUAUUACUGCCUACGGGGCUAUUACUGCCUACGGGGCUAUUAUCUGCCUACGGGGCUAUUACUGCCUACGGGGCUAUUAUCUGCUUACGGGGCUAUUACCUGCCUACGUGGCUAUUACUGCCUACGGGGCUAUUACUGCCUACGGGGCUAUUACUGCCUACGGGGCUAUUUACUGCCUACGGGGCUAUUACUGCCUACGGGGCUAUUAUCUGCCUACGGGGCUAUUACUGCCUACGGGGCUAUUAUCUGCCUACGGGGCUAUUACUGCCUACGGGGCUAUUACUGCCUACGGGGCUAUUACUGCCUACGGGGCUAUUAUCUGCCUACGGGGCUAUUACUGCCUACGGGGCUAUUAUCUGCCUACGGGGCUAUUACUGCCUACGGGGCUAUUACUGCCUACGGGGCUAUUACUGCCUACGGGGCUAUUACCGGCCUACGGGGCUAUUACUGCCUACGGGGCUAUUACCUGCCUACGGGGCUAUUACCUGCCUACGGGGCUAUUAUCUGCCUACGGGGCUAUUACUGCCUACGGGGCUAUUUACUGCCUACUAUAA